AUGGGGAAAACUGAGAAGGUUGAGAAAGAGAAGCACGCUUCUGGCGAUCGAGCAGUGGAGACCAGUGGUGCUUCUCAACCAACAAAAACUGACGAUAGCAUUGAUGAAUGGUUUGCCGCACUUUCGGUUGAAGAGCAAGCGAGAGCAGUGGGGUUUCAAGACGGCACCAUGUUUUCAAUCAUUCUCAAACAUGCUUUGCUCGCGUCGUCGUUUCCCACGUUGAAGGACAUUCCGGAAAGCAGGACAGACAAAAAAGAUUUGAGCAAUUCAUUACAUCGGUUCGGAUGGCACGCAGAGGUUUCAAUCAAUGACUUCGAAGCCUCAAUCCCGAGUACCAUUACUUCAGAUGAAACGGAAACAAACGAUAAGGAUGUGAAGAAAGCGAGUUCUGAAGAGAAGACGAAAGAUAACACAGUAGAACAACAAAAUGAAUCCAACGGCUUAUCGGCGACAACAGAAACGAAAACUACCGUUGGCAAAAACAAGGAACCUGGAGCGACACAUCUGUCAGAUGCCUAUAGAAUACAUGUCGCUAAGGAAAAAUCUACGCUAUCUAGUCAAGAAGGGGGCGACGCUGCCGCAAAGUCCUCUGCAAGUCCGUUCUAUUCCUUCAAUUCCAACGACGCAGAGACAAAUAUUGCUGAAAUGAUGAACAACAUUUGUGUCAUCUUUUCUUCAAACAACAAGCUAAAUCUUUCCGAUACAUCAAAGCAUGCCUUUGUUACGCUACAGCCAUCCUAUUUGCGGGUACAGAAUGAAGCAGACGUGCUUUCAGCUAUGAAAGCAAUUCUGAGUCAUGCCAUUCCGAAUCAUUCUCAUUUUGCAUCCCCUCUGGAAUCAUCGUGGGAGUCCCUUCGAAAUUUUGUCUUUGACAGUGCUAAAACGGGCAAAACCACGAUACCGUUGUAUGCAUUGGUUGUAUUGCGCAUGACGUCGGCAGUUAUCGAAUCCUAUCUACAGUCAACACUAGCGGAAGGCAACGAUAUAUCUGACACAUCAAUAUUACCAAUGCAUGAAACUGGCAAUCCCGGUGUAAAGACUGGUGGCGGCCAAAUGGCUUCGUCGUCACCAGUCUUUGGGUGCCUGGUGCAGCUUAGUUCGCUUCCAGAAACCGAACAGGCGCUGGUCCUAGAUUUAUCGGAUGCCUCCUUUUCAACUGGAGAUCGCAAAGCACUGUCGAGUGAAGGGGUAGGUGUGAUACUUCCUUUCCAUUUGCUUUUACGAGAGAUGAAUUCUAGCCUACCAAAUAAUUCUGCGCUGUCCACAAAUGAUGCUGCCACAUCAAUUGUUCAAAACUACGUUCAAGACGGAUCCAGAAAUUCUCAUAAGCAAUCGUCCUCUAAACCAGAUACGGCACCAAGUAAAUCCGACGCCAACUCGAACGAAACUUCAAAGGGCUCAUCUCAGCAAGAGACCAAAAUGGUUCUCGAACCUGCAAGAGAAAACGAGCAGGUGUCAAGGUCCACUGGCGGGGGGAAGAGGAAGAAGAGGAAGAAAAAGAAACGAAAAGGAACUAGCAGUCAUGGUCAAAAUGUUGGGUCUAAAAUGCAAUCGAAUGUAACAGAGCAGCAAGAGGAGGCGUCGCAACGACCUGAUAAGGAGGAGAAAAUGCUGAUGAAAAAAGAUAAAGCAUCUGCAUUGGACACACCGAAAGCUGAUGAUCGGAAGGAAAACGGCAAACAAAACAAUUUGGAAAAAGACGAAACUGAAUCAGACGCACCGACUAACAAUGAGACAAAAGCGUCAGCUAUCGAACCUUCUACUGUUGAGAAUGUCUCACCGAAGUCUCAAAUAUCGAACCAAAAACUUCCAAUGGAUGAUGAUGGCAGUGACAGUGAGGAUGACGAAAAGACCGAGCCCUUAGGCAAGAAUGAGGCUAAGAAACCGGCUCGGGAGUUGACGACGAAUGACUCCAAGAAUUUCAGUCCGAAUAUCAUUGCAGGCCUUUCAACGAUCGCCGAUAUUGAAAAUGACGACAGUGGCGAAUGGGAAACCGUGGAAGUCAAGGGACGUGGAAAUAGGAAAAAAGCAGCUGAAAGAGCGAACCAAAACCGUUUCCAGUCACACCAGCAUGGCCAAUCGCAUAGUGGUCAGAUCAGUACAACUUCCAAAAAGUCCAAGUCUUCAAAAAGUGGUAACAGAAAACAACGAGCAAACAUGCGGAAAAUGGUCCGGGAGAUUCUCUCGACAGUGCUUGACAGAGUUGAAGAGGAAGUUCAAAAGCGCCACCAAGGUCGUCGGGAGACAGGUAAUUCCGCAGUAAACAGUUCCGGUUCGGCGAUAGCGCCUAUUCACGGCAAAAAGACAAUAAUCGCAUCACGGGAAAAACCUUUGUCGCAAACGAGAGAUCAAUCCAAAAAUUUAUCUGUGCGCGACACCAUUGCUAGCCGUCAAGAAGAUAGUGCACCGAAAGGAAGCAGAAGCCCUGUCCGAAGUGCAGCGAAUCGCUUGCGUCAGCGAGACGGGCGAUCAGGCCAAGGGCAGAUACGCCGGGGAGCUGAUGGAUUUAUAUACCGCGAAAAGACAAAUGCAACAGGAACUGGUGCUGAUCAAAAUACAGCCCCAACGGUUCAAGAGACCCUUUCCGCCGUUUCAGUGGAAACUUCAGCCAGACACGUCCCCGCAGUGGGUGCUGAGGUAGUUCGAGGAGACAUUAGCUUGGGAGACAGCGGGCAAACCUCAAAACCCCAAUCAUCGCAAACUGGCAAAGAAGUGUCGCCUCCGUUGCCGACGCUUCUGAGCCCAGAAAAUGCAAACAGUGCAUCAUCUUCUGUAGCCUCAAGUCUGGAUACUUCCCAUGCGGGCCAUCAGAACAACCACGUUGCGUCCCAACAAGGGAAAGAGAAGGAUGUGGGAUACCACCUCCUGGAUGUAUGUGACAGGCUAACACGCGAUAUUAACAUCUUUAUGAAACGACGAGAAAACGCGCUCGAAGCUCGUCGGAGAGAACGCGGUGCUGUGCUUUUGGCUCUUCAGGGCACCGUAUCUUCGAUUUGGCCAAAUUUGUGUAAUGUUGAAAUGUAUGGCAGUUGCGCAACGCAAUUGGAUCUUCCAUCCUCUGAUCUUGACGUAGUGGUAACAGGAUUAUACAAACCCGCGAUGAAACCGUCAAAGCCCGGUCCGAACAAGGGACAUCCACAAAAGACGAAUGAAGAUAGGCGCAGCCCGACAGAACCAACAUCAAAUGGUGGCUCCAGUGGCAGCGUGGCUGGGAACAGCUGCUCUAAUGAUCCAGUCAAAGAUCGAAUUGCUGCGCAGCAAGCAGAACUUCUUCACCCAGGAUACAGCCAUAUCUCACAGAACGCAGAGCGCAUUGUUCGCCUAGCUGUAGAACUUGAGACACAACCAUGGGCUGUUCAUGUCAAAGCGAUUCCUACGGCCAGCGUGCCAGUAAUCAAAAUUCUAGCAGACCCCACCAGGAUAUCUGGAAACGGAGAAUGGUUGAUGCAAGAACCUUCAGUUGCUGAAGCUAGUGCUGUAAGUAGCAACCAACGGGGAAUGUUGAAACAAGACAAAACAAGCAGGAGUGCACAGUCGCCUAUGCCUACCUUUCAAAGCCAACAAACGCUUCCUUGGCGUGGGGCAGAUGUGAUGAAUGGGUUGCUGAAAGUAGAUAUCACGUUUGAGGGACCCGAGCAUGGUGGCAUUGGAUCAACAAAGUUCUCCUCCCGAGUGGUGAAGGAGUUUUGUGACGAAACAAGCCUUCCACAAGAUGGUACACCGGCUGUGCAGGUAUUGAUGGUUGUCAAAGAGCUCCUUGCACAGCGUCGGCUCAAUGAACCCUUUUCUGGUGGAUUAAGCAGUUAUGCCCUGCUCCUUUUGGUAAUUUCCGUACUUCGUGAAAGAGCCAUCAUCUGUCAGGAACUGGAGAUAGUGGAGAGGCAAAGACAGCUUGUUGCGUCAGAGGAUGUCGAGCAAAGAACAGGUCGUUCCUCUCCAAACCAGCCAGCAGCAGGGAAGGUAUCCGCCGACGAAAAAUUAUCCAAGCUUGCACAACCAGCACUACACAUGGCGAAUAGCAAGCCGAGCUGGAACGUAGCUGCGAGAGGGGGCUCAUCAUCCUCUCAUUCUGCUGACAAGAAUGCUCAAGCGCAGCCAGGUCCAAAGAAAGCGAAUACUGCGCAACCAGCGAAGGCUGGCCCAUCAUCUUGGGCAUCCAUUGCAAUGAAAAGCUCGUCGCCACCUAACGCUGUAAAAGCUAAUAAAGAUGGUCCAGAGAAAUCAAACUCGGAGAAGGCAAGUGGACGGCAAGGCAAAACUGUUCGAAAAGCCAGUAGCUUCGCAGAUGCCGUUGCCAAUGGGCGGCGAGCAACAAAACAGACUGGUGGAAAAGCUGGUUCGGUUUCGCAGCCUCGGAAAGAUGAAGCCCAACAUAGAGAGAAAACUAAGUCGGCGGCUCAAAAGUCUGCCACCAAAGCUGACCAAAAGUCUGCUGCACAACCAAAACUGCAGUCGAGGGCGUCUUCGCCACCUUCCCGUCAAGCAGGUUCAGCUGCUUCUGGUUUGCAGAGUGCGCAGCAAGUCAUCGAUGAUGCCGCAUUUACUGAAGUGCGAUCCAUGUUUCCACAGGGCUUUCACGAUGUCACAGAAGUAUUAUGUUCCGGGGAAACAACUGCUGGAAAACUGCUGAUGCACUUUCUUCUCUUUUAUGGCCAACACUUUGAUUCGCAAUCAACCGCCAUCGAUUACUCUGGAACUCACAAGCGAGACAUGAAGGGGAAUAACGGUUACUCUCAAGUAUCACCUUACAUGCGUCGAAGAAGCGGGGGAUCUUAUGAUCCCAUGACAGGAAUGCUUACUGUUGACCCAAUCGUUGUAUAUGAUCCUCUGGAAGGCGCAGAGACAAGCAACGUGGCUCGAAGCUGCUUUGCAUGGAGUAGUAUUCGUUGGGUAUUUGCUCAAUCGUACUUGACAUUGUUAAGUACGGUUGAAAUAAACCAAAAGCACGCUGCUGGACAAGGUGGUAAUACGCAUGGAAUAUCGAGAAGCGAAGGAAACACCCCAAGUACAAGCCAAAACGAAAACGAGCUAUCUCAUCCCUGGAACGGUCCUUAUGGUCAUGAUAAGUCUGGAAACAUGAUGAUCGAUGCUUCAUCCCCACUUCUUGAGUUACUUUUGUCGUUCUAA